CCUGGGCGCCGACUCCCAGACUCGCGCCUGGCCCUCCAAAACACCUCUCAGAGCCGCCGGCCGCCGGGGGAGCCCGGGCCGCCCCCGCGCUCCGGGGGUCGUUCCCUCACAUCCUCCCGGCCUCGGGAAGGCAGAGGCGGCGGCGGCCGGAGCCGGGCGGGGAGGCUUGAGGUGAGAGCCCGGCCGGUCCCGCUGGGAAUAUGGCGACCGGUGGCUACCGGACCAGCAGCGGCAGCAGCGGCAGCACCACAGACUUCCUGGAGGAGUGGAAGGCGAAGCGCGAGAAGAUGCGCGCCAAGCAGAACCCCCCGGGCCCGGCCGCUCCGAGCGGGGGCGGCAGCGACGCGACCGGGAGGCCCCCAGCGGGGGCUCUGGGCUCCUCGGCCGCCGCCGCGGUCUCCGCCGCGGGGGCACCGCCGGCCCGGGGCGACGGGGAGGAGCGCGACGGCGCCCCGGAGAAGGGCAAGAGCUCGGGCCCCAGUGCCAGGAAAGGCAAGGGGCAAAUCGAGAAGAGAAAACUGCGGGAGAAGCGUCGCUCCACCGGCGUGGUCAACAUCCCCACGGCAGAGUGCUUAGAUGAAUAUGAAGAUGAUGAAGCAGGGCAGAAAGAGCGGAAACGUGAAGAUGCAGUUACACAACAGAACACGAUGCAGAAUGAAGCUGUCAGCUUAUUAGAUCCAGGCAGUUCCUACCUGCUACAAGACCCAUCUAGAACAGUUUCAGGCAGAUAUAAAAGCACAACUGCCUCUGAAGAAGAUGUCUCAAGUAGAUAUCCCCGAACAGAUAGAAGUGUGUUCAGCAGAUAUAACAGGGAUGCAAAUGCUUCAGGUAAUUUGGUCUCAAGUAGCAUGUUGGAAAAGAAAAUUGAAGAUCUUGAAAAGGAAGUAGUAAGAGAAAGGCAAGAAAACUUAAGACUUGUGAGACUAAUGCAAGAUAAAGAGGAAAUGAUCGGAAAACUCAAAGAAGAAAUUGAUUUGUUAAAUAGAGACCUAGAUGACAUAGAAGAUGAAAAUGAACAACUAAAGCAGGAAAAUAAAACUCUUUUGAAAGUUGUUGGUCAGCUAACAAGGUAGAAGAUUCAAGUCCCAGUGUGGAAAAAGUAUUUUAAAACUACUGAUUGAAUGUUAUAGUUGAUGGUAGGACAAUAUACCUAUGCUGCAAUACAUUAAGUAUGUAUAUUUAUUUCUAGAAAACAGUGGGUUUUUAUUUUCAAAAUACUGCUUUUUCAUUAUUUCAAAAUAGUACCAACCUUCUAUUUCACGAAUAAGUAACAUCUUUCAGUUAUUAAAAUGAUAGGUUAUGGCUUUUUUGGUUUUGUGUGGUAUUCAAAUAAUAUAUGGUUUAAAGUCACAACCAUUUGAAUAUAUUUUAUCUAUGGUAGUGUGUUUUCUCCCUAAAGGAAUAUACAUAGUCUUUGUUUACAUGAAUUCAAAUACUUUUGGGGAAUUACCAGCAAUUGCCUUAUUACUGAUGUGUGCAAACUUAUAUGUGUUUUUGAUUUACUCAUAAAGGCUUUGUCUAUUGUCAUUUGUUCUUUCAACUUAUUCUAAGCAAUUUAGAGUAAUAGAGUGUCACAUCAUUUUAUGUAACAGUCAUCUUUAAAAAGGAAAGCUAUUAUGAAAAGUCAUUUAAUAUCAUGUACUAGUUGGCUAAAUAUAAAAUUUUAAAGAAUACUUGAAUUGUGCUACAGUAAAUUAAAAUAUACAAUUUUUGUAUUUGAAUGUUGAAAAAAAUUUAAAAUCACUUUAGCUUCAGAAAGACAUAUACUUUGUAAUUUCAUCGUAAAAUUUCUUAUGUAGGUACUAUGUUUCUUAUUAUUCCAAGAUUUAUAAAUGAACAUGGGAUAUUUAAAAAGUUCAUUCAUCAAUCCUGGAGACUGUGUACAAUUUCAGUGUAAAAGAAAAAAAAUCCAUAUUUUUAAUUGUCAUUUGCAUUAAAAACAAAACCAAAAUAUUUAUCCACACUUAAAACAUUGAUAAUUACAUUUACAAAACAAUACGUAAACAGAAAUAGUAUUGAAAUACUUUGCUUAUUUCUAACUUGGAGAAUAACACUGUGAUACAGUUGUUCUCAUAUGAGAGAAUUAUUCCCCUACUUCAAAUUUAAGGGAUUUUCUUCCUAAUAUUGAAUUUUUAAAAACAAUUUUUAAAAAUUUUGAAGAAAUUUAUAAAUUUUCUAUUAAGUAUCAUUUAGUAUUUAGAGUUGUUGUAUAUUAAAUUUUUAUGUUGAGUAAGGAAACCCCCUCUUUUAAAAUAUAUUAACAUUAAGAAAUGUCUGUCUGAUAAUUGAAUCCUAAACAGUAUACUGAUACCCUUUUGUCCAAUGAAACGUAGUAAAAUCCAUUUUGGGUAACCUACUGUCUCUUUUUCUUCACUUGCCAAGUCCCUUCAUUAUUUACUAUUAGAAAAAUAGGGAAGUGAGACAACUGGACAGAAUGUAAAUGAUAAAUAUCACAUGUUGAAUUCUAAAAAUUCUUUGUGGUUACCUAGAUUGGCUUCUCAUUUCAGAAGUUUCAACCUUGGCUGAUCAUUAGAAUCACUUGGAUUGCUUACAAAGAAUUCCCUGGCUGUAAUUUCUAGAUAGAUUUAGGUUGAGACCCUGGAUAGAAUUUUUAAAGCUCACCAUCUGAUGAUUCUGAUCAUAAUUAAGUUUGGAAAUAGCUGCUGUCGCCUCUUUCCUUUCUGUAUCUUCCACUGGAGACCCUAGAAUUAACAUAUGUUAGCUACCAGCAUUUUGUCCCCCUUUUAGUUUAUUUAAUAAUUUAUCUGGUCUCUGGGGAAGUUUUCAUAUGUUUAAAUAUAUUUACCAAAAAUUUCAACGUUAGAUUACCAAACUUGAUAUAGUUGCAGAAUUACUGCGUAAGGGCCUCCUUUUUGGAGAAUGUUACCCAGCAUGGGAACAGUGACCUGCUCUCCACAUGUCAGAGUGGUAUGCCAGGCUCAGUCACUGCCUUGGCCAUGAGGCACUCAUCUCCCUUCAGUUACCCUUAGGUAUUUUGCAGAAAUACUGCUAUUACCUAGUUUUACAUCCAAGCUUUGGAUGUUGUGAAAAUACUGUCAGUAUCCAGCAUUAUUAGUGUGCUGGUUUUUCAGUAAAGUUUUUGAAAUUUCUAUUUAAUCCAUAUGUAAGGAAAGGAAUAUUUCAUUUCUUUUUUUAAAAUUAUACCAGUUAUUAGUGCUUUUAAAGACUGAGCUGUUUUUAAAUUUUCCUUUUCUUCAGUUUAUUAGGAAAACUUCCAACAAUGAUUUUUUACAUAAUGGUACCUAGUGCAAAUACAGAGGCCUGACAACUUAGGCAAAGCAGUUCACAAGCAGUCCUUCCUCCUGUCCUUAAAAUGUGUAUUUAUAUCACUUACAGAUUUUUACACUGAAUAUUGAAAAAUUAAGUAGGAUCUGCUACAAUUUCCCUUUAGAAUGUAUAAAAAGCAUUGAGAUUUUAAAAAGGUAAAAUACAUGUGCACUACCUUAGAAAACUUGGCUGUUGUCAAUAAAGUGCUAGUAUUUGUGAAAUUAUUAGUUCCAUUCAGAAAUUAUAUUUCUUAUAUUUCCUGGGACUUUAUGGCAUAAUAAAGCAUAUUCAAAGUUUUA